AUGCCGUUGUCAUUAGGAGUUUCGGUCGACUUCUUGACUCCAAACUUCGACAAGGGCCUAGCAAUGCAGGUCCUCCCACUCUCGUUAGUCUUUCUUAUGGCGACCUUCGGCUUCUCGCAAUGCGAACCUUUGAAUGUCACGUUUCCGGAGCAAGCGCCGAAUGGCACUACGAAUGCCGUUGCCGACAAUUUUCUAGGCAUUUCGUUCGAAUUGAGUUCGUUUGAUACGCUGUGGGGCUCCACUGUGGACACGAUACCAGACGCAAUGGUCAACUACCUGCACAACAUCAACGUUCGCACAAGCGCGCCUCUUCGCAUCCGUGUUGGUGGGAACGGGAUGGAUGGGUCAACUUACGUCGGAUCAAGCAUGACAAAGAUGCUCGAACUUACAGAUCCAGAUGCUUACUUCAAUGACAUCCCAGUCAAUUUCAGUCGCGUACUGUUUGACAUCAUGAAUGCAAUGUACGACGAAGUCGAGCCGAUGCAAUUUAUAAUUGGCCUGAGUAUGCGAGAUCCGGCCAACGACCAAAACGUAUUGGAACUAGCUAAAGAUGCAAGAGAGCUUCUGGGGAACAAGUUAGAUGCGAUGCUGCUAGGCAAUGAACCGGAUUUAUAUGCGGGACACGGAACGAGGACAGACUACAACCUAACGACCUAUAUCGCGGAAUUAGGCCAUGUCAUUGGGGAUAUGGAACAGCAGGGCAUUAUUAAUGACACCGUGCUCGGCGGUCCUACGAUAUGCUGUGCGCAAUGGUCGUUAUCCGACGUUAUACAAGGAGGUCUCGACCAAUAUCCUUACAAGUACUACACCGUACAACAUUACCCGAAUCAUGCUUGCCAAGGUCCGAAUGAGGGCAAUACUAACAUCACGUACUAUCUCUCACACAUGGAAGUUGGCCCAUACUUAGACUGGAACUCGGACGGCAUCACACUCGCCAAGGAAGACGGUAUUCCCGUUCUCCUUACGGAAUACAAUACAGUUUCAUGCGGUGGCACUAACAUCUCUUCCACCUUUGCUGCAGCCCUUUGGCUAAUUGACGCUGGUCUCAAAAGCGCCGAGCGUGGGUUCUCCGGAGCUUAUAUCCACACUCGAGAAGCCGGAAUUCAGUACAACCUUUUUGAUCCACCUACCUCAACUUCGUCCGGGUGGAUUACUGGAGCGCCAUACUACGCAGCACUCUUUCUAGCAGAAACUUUUAGCGCCAGCGGAAAUAUCAUUGUCGACUUGAACCUCAAUGACUCUCUACACAAUCCAAGUGCGACGUCGGCCGCAUACGGAGUUUACGAUGCCGAAUCCACACGGGGGAAGAUCGUGUUGCUCAACUUGAGUGAACAAGGUGAUGAGCAGACGUAUGAUAUCCCAGCUAAUAUGACGGCCUCGUUGCGCUACCGCUUGCUCCUCGCGCCGUCCGUCGUUGAAACGAGUAACAUCUCAUGGGCUGGCCAGACAGUGGGAGGUUUAGGUCAGUUGGACGGGGAACAGGAUACGUUUCAUCUUGAUUGUACCGAUGGGUGCACUGUGAACAUCCCAGGCCCCGGGGCCGCUCUGGUCAUACUAGGAGAACCUAGUGAUGGUGAUAGCUUUUAUUACGGGAAUUCCACAGUCAAGGGGUUGCAGAGUAUCAACGGGUCAGCGGAGCGGCGCUUGAAAGGCGGAAUACUCUACUGCUCAGCCACUCGCCCUAUAGCCACACGUUCCGAGUCCGUGGUACACUGUCAACCCGUGGGAAUGGCCCUUGCGUCAUCAUCGUCAUCGGACCCUGGCUCGGUAAAAGCUCGUCUGACGUGUAUCGAAGCUGAAAUCACUUUGUUGGCCCAGAAGCUUGCCACGCUGACUACUGAACGUGACGAACUUCGACGUUUCGAAGUCAAUGAAGUCAUUGAACUUCCUGCAGACCAAGCUGACACUUACUCCACUACUAUCUGUAGUCUUCCAACCGAGCUUCUUCAGGAUAUCUUUUCUCAUUGUUUGCGGAAACACCCCGUCAUGGAUGCUGCAGAGGCACCUCUACUGCUCGGUAGAGUCUGCAGAGCCUGGCGGACUAUAUCAUUACAAACUCCCAAAUUGUGGUCAUCCUUACAUCUCGUGAUUCCCCGGUCAAUCCCUUAUCCCGACUCGCAACCUGAGCUGUACGAACAGAUGCGCGCGGGAUUUGAAUACUGGCUGGAGCAUCUGGGUAGUCUCCCCUUAAAUCUCUCCCUCCACUCUGAAGAACGACGAGAGGACGAGUCCGAGAUGUUGUACUCUCAGCUUGAAUGGGUAUUCGAGAAAUCGAGAGCUCGAUGGAAACAUCUUACGGUUUAUAUUCCUUCAUUUUCGCUGGGCGUAUUCUUCGAUCUCCCUGCUGAUCAACAGUAUGACCUCCUCGAGUCGAUAGAGUUGGGCACAUCAAACUACCACACACCGUUUCAGUUCGAAUACAUCGAAUUUCCUUUUCUUUCCGCUGCAACCACCCCAAACCUUCGCAAAAUUUCCUUCCACUUGUUCUCACCGGACCUUCGAAGGGGGUCCUUCCCCCAAGUCCUCCCCAAUAUCACGAAUCUUACUCUUCAACGCUGCGAACACUGGGAUAUGAACACCCCCGAGAUGCUCAUGAUCCUCGGCACAUGCACCAAUCUCGUUCAUUGCUACAUCACCACCACUGAGAGAUUUCACCCGACCGCUCAGGAACCUGCUAUCUUCGUGCCCGCCCACCUUGCUCAUCUCAAAUCGCUAAGAGUUGAGGCAUGCGGGUUCCGCGGUCCACCCGGGGCAGCGCCGAGUUUCCUUAACCUUCCCGACAUCUUCACUUACGUCGUGGCCCCCGCCCUCGAAGCCCUAGAUGUCGAUGGGCUCCACCACGAAGUUACUGCUAAUGACGCUGCCCUCAUCGCACUGCGUGGGUUCGUCACGAAUUGUUCUCACACCUUGAGGAAACUCAAGCUCCGCUCAUACCUGUCCAUCAACUCGACGGACGUCCUGAUUUCUUGUCUGGACCUCCUUCCCUCGCUAAUGGAGCUCAAGAUAAAGGAUUUCGACUAUCCAUGGACUGAGGCCCAUCGUCCUCGAUCUCCCGCAGUCACGGAUAGCCUCCUCGAAGCGCUCACCAGUGGUGGGUUGUGUCCGAGCCUGGAGCUGUUCAAGCUCGACGACAACUUUGGUUUUGAGGAAAAGACAUUAGAGCAGUUCCUAUUGACGCGGCUUAAGGAACCAAGGGAGGGGUGUGUCCCGCUGAAAUUUUGUAAGAUUUCGACGUAUCGAAAUUUCGGUCCGGAGAUUAGAGGUCUUGAAGGUGUGAAAGUUAAUAAGAGGUUGAUGUUCGCGAAUCAAAAGCGGUCGGGGAGGCCAUGGUUUGAUUGA